AUGGCUGCUGCCUUAGUGGGAGGUUCACUCCUCUCCGCUUUCCUUCAAGUGCUAUUUGAUAGGAUGGCCAGACCAGAAUUCCUGAAUUUGUUUCAUAAUCGCGAGGCUGAUGAUGAUCUCCUCAAGAAGCUCAAGACAAACUUACUCACUGUUGGAGCAGUUCUUGAUGAUGCAGAGAACAAGGAAAUACGGAACCAAUCUGUCAAAAAAUGGCUUGAAGAGCUUCAUGAUACAUUUUAUCAAGCAGAGGAUUUACUGGACAAAAUCAACACUGAAGCUCUGCGAAUUAAGGUGGAAAAUGAGUACCAAAGCUCAACUAACACUUGGACAAGUGCCUUAAAAAGAUUAUGCCUUGAAAGGAUUCUGCCUUGUACAUCUUCUAGUAAAUUCCUUAAGAGGAUUAUGCCUGAGAUUGAAACGAUAGUAGCAAGCCUGGAGGGAUGCAUACAACAAAUUACUCCCUUAGGUUUGCAAGUCGUUCAAUCAAGAAUACAAUCACGUCAACAAUUUGAAACCCCUCUGGUUGAUGAGACUACUAUUUUUGGGAGAGAUGCCGACAAAGAGAAGAUAAUUGAAAUGCUGCUAUCUGAGGAUGCAAAUGGAGACAAUAUCACUGUGGUUCCAAUAGUUGGACUGGGUGGGCUUGGUAAGACCACCUUGGCUAGAAUGGUUUACAAAGAUUUCAGGGUGGAAGUGGGUUUUCCUACCUGGGCAUGGGUCUGCGUAUCAGAAGAAUAUGAUGCUACCAAGAUAACAAAAGAACUGCUAAGGGAACUCAAUAUUUCUUUUGUUGAAGAUGAGAACUUGUUCUCCCUUCAAGUGAAGCUACAAGUUGGCCUAACUAAGAAAAAAUUCCUUCUUGUUCUGGAUGAUGUUUGGAAUAGUAACUACAAUCACUGGGAUAAUUUAAGGAUCCCUUUCAAAGGUGGACUACAGGGAAGUAAGAUCAUUGUUACAACACGAAAUUUGAGUGUUGCAAGGAUGAUGUGUAAAGAAGAGUCAAUUCAUCAUUUGGAUUUCAUAUCAGACGAAGAUUGCUGGUUUCUAUUUAAGAAGCACACAUUUGAAAAUAGAAAUGACAAUCAAAAUUUAGAACUUGAAAAAAUAGGAAAGAAAAUUGUGAAGAAGUGUGGAGGGUUGCCUUUGGCUGUGAAAACUGUUGCAGGUAUAUUGCGUUCUAGAACAACCCUUGAAGAGUGGGAAGAGAUUUUAAUAAGUGAAGAGUGGACUCAACUGGAUAAUCAAAAUGGCCCCAUACCAGCUUUGAGAUUAAGCUACAUUCAUCUUCCGUCUCAUCUUAAAAGGUGCUUUGCUUACUGUGCUAUUUUCCACAAAGAUUACCAGUUUAGAAAAGAGGAAAUAAUUCAGCUAUGGCAAGCAAAUGGUCUUUUAGAGUACCCUGGAGAAAAUAAAAGAAUUGAAAACAUGGGUGAGAAGUGCAUUCAUGAACUGAGAAUGAGAUCAUUAUUUCAUCAGUUAAGUGAAAGUUCUUUCUCUAUGCAUGACCUCGUCAACGAUUUGGCUAGGUUUGUUUUUGGGAAAUAUUGCCUUAGGUUGGAAAAUCAUUAG